AACCUCAAACCUCAUAGUUUUCUGUUUCCAAUAUUAGAUCGAAUUCAUUUUGGAUUCGGUCUAUGGUUUUUGACUUCUGAGAUGGACAAGGUUAUCAGGUUGGCCUCAGAAAAGGGUGUGGUGGUGUUCACCAAGAGCUCUUGUUGCCUCUGCUAUGCAGUCAACAUUCUGUUUCAAGAACUUGGAGUGAUCCCUGUGGUUCAUGAAAUUGACAAAGACCCUGAAGGCAAGGAAAUGGAGAAAGCUAUAACUAGGAUGGGUUGCACUACACCUGUCCCUGCAGUGUUCAUCGGAGGGAAGCUGGUGGGGUCCACCAAUGAAGUCAUGUCCCUCCACCUUAGUGGUUCACUCACUCACCUGUUGAAACCAUAUCGAGCUUAAUUUAUCUUAAAGAGGAGUGCACAUGCAAAUUAAAACAUGUUCCUGCUACCCUUAUUGCAAGAAUAAACAACAUGGCUCGAAUGAUGAGUACAGUAGUAACUAUUAAGCCUAAUAUUGAAUAGUCUAUGCAGUGAUGUGUGAAGUAGUUUCUAGCAUUUGAUUAGCUAUAUAUAAUUAAUGUAAUGCUAUAAAUAUUCUUAAUGAACUUUUAUUUAUAUACUUGUAUUUGAUGUACGUCCAAGUAAAUGAUUAUGUUAUUGAAAGUUUA